CUCUGUUUGAAGGAACUAGAGCGGAGGCAGGCUGCGCACACUCUCUGUCUGCAGGGUUGGAACGUGGUUACCCCAGUCAACUUUCUCUCAAGUCGUCGGGGCAAAGAGGAAGGAAUACAAGGAAUAGGAUAAAAGACUGGAGUGGUUACCCUCCUUCUCUCCCUCCCACGCUAAAUUGAAUGAAGGGGCUCUUUCCGUCUCGAAAAGUAGGAGACAAGCUCAUGUAGCGUGGGCAUUGAUUUAAUAUACCCGUCCCGUCCUUGACUUCGUUGUUGUUUUUCACGGAUACUCAUGUGUCAGGAAUGCUACCAUGGCCACGCCGAACAGUCUUCAGCAGCAGCAGGAUUACUUCAGAAGCGUCAGCAACGAAUCCACAACGUAUAUGAUGGUCCCGGCCACGGCGGCUGCGGUAAACGCGCGUCGCGAUGCCGCGCCAUCCAAGAUGUGGAUCGCAAUGGUGGUUAUUGUGGUGAUCGUUCUACAGAUUGCCUCGACCACCGGACUGUUCGUGUACCUAAAUAUGUCAGUAUCACAGGUGCGUAGCCAGGGUGUAACAGAGGAGCUGAAGUGUCUCAGUCUGUUAAAUGCUCUGGAUAAAGACCAAGACAUCCCAGAGAACCUGGCUCAGCUGUUUGGAGAGCCCUGCAUCAAACUGGCCGAGGGCAUCAAGGCCUACAUCUCUAAGGUGACAGAGAACAUAAUCUCAAAGCAGACGUUUGAAGAAGCGAGAACGUUACCUCACACCUUCAACACGUCGGGGUCAAAGUUCGCUACCUCUGUGCCCCAGCGGCCGUCAGCCCACCUGACCCUCAGAGACAGCAGCACUCAAGGGUCUCCCGUGUAUCCCACCCCCCAGCCCGACCUGCACCAAUCAUGUCGCCACCCAGUCCGCUCGUGGACCAAUCAGAGCUUCGGAGCCCACCUUCACAACAUGACCUUAGCCGAUGGGAGGCUGCGUGUGCCCCAGGAUGGGCGUUACUACAUGUACUCUCAGGUCUACUUCCGCUACCCAUCGCCCAGUGAAGGGGACCAGCCAACAGCCAGUCACCAGCUGGUCCAGUGUGUCUACAAGAAGACGUCCUACCUCCGGCCCAUCCAGCUGUUGAAGGGCGUAGGCACUAAGUGUUGGGCCCCAGAGGCAGAGUACGCCCUCCACUCUGUCUACCAGGGAGGGCUGUUUGAGCUGAGGGCCGGGGAUGAGCUCUUCGUCUCUGUCUCUUCCCCCACCAUGGUUCAUGCAGAGGAGUCAUCAAGUUAUUUUGGGGCGUUCCGUUUGGAUCUGUAAAGAUGGAUGGAGGGGGAGAUGGAGGAGAGAGAGAGGGGAGACCACUGCCAGAAGAGGGUAUGGGGUGGGAUGAAAAGGAGAGGGUGAGGAACGGAGGCAGGGUGAGGACACUGCCAGAGUGAGGAAUUAGGGGGUGAAAGGAGGGAUUAGAGGAGGGAAGGGUGAGACCCCAAGGACUAACUCCCCCAUUCUUUCCAAAGUGAAUUGUAAAUAGAUCUGUAGAUUCUACAUGUGAAGGAGGGAGUUAUGAACCUGAAAACAUUGGAUGGACACAGAGGAUCAAAAGGACAGAAGAAUGUAUUCAUUUAUAAUUCACAUCAUAUAAUGUGGAACUGUGGAACAGAACGGUAGCAGAAAAAAAGGACAAAGAAAUGUAUGUGAUGAUGUGAUAGCCAAGACUGGUGCAGUAUGCUGGCUUUAUCUGUGUCAUUUAUACAUACAUUACAUACUGACUGUAUAGAAAGGAGUUGAGCACAGAACUAGAAUGAGUUAUAUUCUGAUCAUUCUAUUUCUGUGAAGUUGACUGUCUGUUCCAAGGGUUCUAACUGGACAUUCGGCGGUUUGGGAAAUUAGAAGAAAAUACUAAUAUGUUGUAUACAAGACCAUUUAGAGAAAGAAGAAGAGUGGAUGACUUUUUCUCACUGCAUCAUUGAGGACUUUUAAACUUUGGAAGAGGACUCUGUUUCGUUGUUGUUUAAACGACAUUGGACACUGUUGAACACAGUUAUGGAUUGAAUAAAGGAGAAGAAGAGGAGGAUAAGGAAAGGGCAGAGGAAUUGAACAGACAGUACGAAGAAAGGACAUAGAGAGAGAGAGCGAAAGAGGGGUAUGCAGCCCUACCAGUCUCUUAAGUAAACUUUGUCUCUCUUGCUCUGUCUCUUUCUUUCUCUCUCUCUCUCUGAAAUCUCAAUCUCUCUCUCUCUGGAAUCGCUCUGGUCUCCACCUGUCUGUCCAGUGUAACCUGUGGAACAGCAUACUGAUGCCGGGAAACACACACACACACACACUGCCGUACCUACUCUAAGCCCAUGCCAGUCAGCAACAGUCGUCAGAAAGUAAACGCACAUUAAUCUAAACACAAACCAUACAGAGCACAGCACUGCUCCCUGCCCUACAGACACACUUCACUUCUCUCUCUGAGACACACACAACGCCUCCCUUUGUCGUCUGGUAAUUGUCAGUGCACAAGCGGAGGGUGUGUGUGUGUGUCUUCAGUGUUCAUUGGCUCCGUGGUUGUCUCGGAGGAAAAGUUAAACAAACAUACAGCAGGGUUUGUUUGGGGGCGCGCCUGCCAGCUUUGUAUUCUUUGUUUUACAGAGACAUGCAACACACAAACACUUUCUGUCUCUCAAAGAGGCACACGCAAUACACACACAGACACAAAUACUUUCUCUCUCUCAAAGAGGAACACGAAAUACACCCACGCACACAGUCAGACACACGAGAGGGACUCCUGCAGAACACGAGACACAUGCAGAAAAACACACAAACACACAGACGCACAAGAGGGACUCCGCAGAACACGCAAAACAUUUAAAUGCAUAGACAUACACAUGAUAGGGACUCCGCAGAACAUGCAACCCACACGCUCUCUCUUACACAUACACACGCACACACAUAACACACAAAACUGGGUGACAUACAAUUUAACCUCUGCUUCCGAGAAUCUGUGGUGGGUAGUAUCUGUGUUUAUAGUGUAUGUACAGAUGUAGGAUCUUAAUUUGAUCCAGUUUGCUACAACGGGAACAUAAUCCUGCAGCAACAGUAAAUGUGAAUUAUUAUAAUUAUAUUAUAAUUCAUGGACAUUUAUGGGGGGAUUGAUACAUUUUUCGUAAGGGAAAAUCAAGUCUGAAAUUUCAAAGUGGAAAUUACAAACUUCAGAAGACUUUUAAACCUCAAAUACACAACAAUUUAGAAAUUUCUUGCACUGCAAAUUAGGAGCCUCAAUCUGUAUAUUUCUUAUACUAUGUAAAGUUGAGGGAGAGGGUGGAGACACCAAGUGAACCAUCAAUUGGUUGUUUUUUCUCACAAGUGUGACAGCCAUCUUUAUUUGUUUGGUUGCUGUUUUAAUCCUGUCACUUCCAACAUUUUUUUACCUUGAUCAAGUUCUCUCACUGGACCCUCGCUCACACAGACACUCCUACUAGUUGCAAAAAUAUCGCAAGGAGCCCCAAAAAAACACUACACCCCACUAAUGGUACCAAGCCACCUGCCAGUUGAGUUAAUUCUGAUAACUUUCCCAAAAUGUUGGAAGAUUGCUACAAUUAGACGGGAAUAAGCAGGAAACCUGGGAAUCCUAGCACACUAUGCCAUUUAGCAGACGCUAGCUGGCACAGCCACAAAGUCAUACAACCUUAAAUUAAGACACAAAAGCUAAUUUUAGUUUUCAUGCAGUUUUACAAUCUAGACAAUUUUGACUUUGCAGCUGAUCUAAGGGGAAAUCACUCAGUUCUGCCUCCAGGAUAAGACUCAUGUCAACCUGGUACAUUUUCCUAUUAGUAGCUCCAACGUGAAUAAAACCCAUGAGCCUGGUAUUGCUAGUGUCAAUGUUUUACCAACUGUGCCACACAGGACCCCAACACGUAUUUUUUGAUAACCUGAGAAUUUGGGAAAAUAACUGUAAUUUUGCAACCGUAACCGUAGUAUGUUAUAGAUACAUUGUUCCCCAGCAUGUUCUGUUCCUCUUUGGGUUGAUAUAUCAUUGUUGUUCUGUUUCAUACAGUGUGUGUGUGUUGUACUACACAAUGUUUCCCAACACACAAUCUGACAACAGUUAUGAACAUGGGACCUAUAGGCUUAGAUAUAACACACACACAUUGGAGCUGUAUGUUUAUUACAUUCAUAUUCAGCAAAUUAAAUUUCUCUACUUUGUAGCAUGUUGGUUAUGUGAAUAUGCAAUUUUUUGUGUUACAGAACAGUUGUUCCCAAACUUUUAUAGUCCCGUACCCCUUCAAACAUUCAACCUACAGCUGCGUACCCCCUCUAGCACCAGGGUCAGCGCACUCUCAAAUGUUGUUUUUUUCCCAUCAUUGUAAGCCUGCCCCACCCACACUAUGUGAUACAUUUAUUUAACAUAAGAAUGAGUGUGAGUUUUUGUCACAACCCGGCUUGUGGGAAGUGACAAAGCGCUCUUUUUAGGAACAGGGCACAAAUAAUAAUAAUCAAUGAUUUUGCUCUUUACAUAUAAAACCUUAAUUUGUUCAUUGAAAAUUGUGAAUAACUCACAACAGGUUAAUGAGAACUCUGCAAUGUUGGGUUGUAUUGGAGAGAGUCUGUCUUAAAUAAUUUUUCACACAGUCUCUGCCUGUAUUUAGUUUUCAUGCCAGUGAGGGAAUCCACUCUCACAUAGGUACGUGGUUGCAAAGGGCAUCAGUGUCUUAACAGUGCGAUUUCAAAAGGCAGGAUACUCUGAGUGCAGCCCAAUCCAGAAAUAGGUCAUUGGCUUCUGAUUAAAUUCAAUUUUCACAGAACCGCUUGUUGCAAUUUCGAUGGGGCUCUCUUGUUCAGAUAUCGGUAAGUGGACUGGAGGCAGGACAUGAAAGGGAUAACGAAUCCAGUUGUUUCUGUCAUCCGUUUCGGGAAAGUACCUGCAUAAUUGCACACCGAAUUCACUCAGGUGCUUCGCUGUAUCACAUUUGACAUUGUCCGUAAGCAAAAAUCAUACAAUGAUGGAAAGUCCUGUGUGUUGUCCUUCUUAAUAAAGACAGAGAAGAGCUCCAACUUCUUAAUCAUAGCCUCAAUUUUGUCCUGCACAAUGAAUAUAGUUGCGGAGAGUCUCUGUAAUCCUAGAUUCAGAUCGUUCAGGCGAGAAAAAACAUCACCCAGAUAGGCCAGUCGUGUGAGAAACUCGUCAUCAUGCAAGCGGUCAAACAAGUGAAAAUUAUGGUCAGUUAGGAAAACUUUAAGCUCAUCUCACAAUUAAAAAAAAAAAGCGUCAAUAUUUUGCCCCUUGAUAACCAGCGCACUUCUGUAUGUUGUAAAAGUGUUACAUGGUCGCUGCCCAUAUCGUUGCAUAGUGCAGACAAUACACGAGAGUUCAGGGGCCUUGCUUUAACAAAGUUAACCAUUUUCACUGUAGUGUCCAACAGUUUUUUAAGCUGUCAUGCAUUCCCUUGGCAACAAGAGCCUCGCGGUGGAUGCUGCAGUGUACCCAAGUGGGGUCAGGAGCAACUGCUUGCACGCGCGUUACCACUCCACUAUGUCUCCCUGUCAUGGCUUUUACACCAUCAGUACAGAUGCCAACAUGAGCAGCAGCUACAUUUGGCUACAUACGGACCGUUAUUGGAAUUCCCGCGAGAGAGUUAAUGUAAUUGGAUGUUAAUUAUUUGACAAAGCUACCUGUAUUUGACAUUGUGUUGUUUUCGCUGAACACUAGGUGGUUUAAUUUUAUUUUUGGCAGUGAAACGAGGCUACUCAUGCGAGGGGGGGGAAAAAAUGUAUAGCCCUCGUUGGAAAAUCUAAAUGGACUGUUAGAAAAUGUGAUUAAGAAAUAAAUGGGGUCGGGGGGGUAAGCAUUCCCAGUUUGGGAAUACCCGUUAUAGAAGAUUUGCACCUUGGGUCCUGUGUGUGUUUUUAUAUGUAAAUAUGCCUUUGAAAGCCGGAAUUGAUACACUAUAAUCACAAAUGUAGUCACUGCCAGAUACUAUGUUGGUUACUUUCAAAGUCUCUCCCUGUCCUUGAAAAAGAUACUGCGUUCAUUGUAACAGUUCAGUUGUAAAAUUACAGGUUUUUUUUUUGUUCAUGGGAAUAUGGUUCAGUGAACUCUAGGUGUGCGUGCGUGUACGCAUGGGUGUUAAGAGAGGUGUAGCAGCUGCAUGUGUAAGGGAUGGGUGUGAAAUAUGACAAAGGCAGAUCUUAUUCUACAUAGCUGUACUGCACUCUCUGUGUCAAUCUCUCUCUCUCUGUCUGUGGUGUGUAUACGAGAAACCGAUAGAGGAGAAAACCGUUAUAAAACCAAAGGGCACAUUCUCAGAACAAAAAGGUGUAUUUUUUUUUUUUACAUGCUUUAACCACACGUUCUCUCCUAGACUGUGUCCUGAAUCGCACUCUAUUCCCCACGUGUGCAACUUCUGACCAGGCCACUAUUGGCCCUGAUCAAAAGAAGUGCACUAAAUUGAAAAUUGUGUGCCAUUUGGGAAACAAUCCUAUCCUACACUGCUUUUACAAAUGUUUUUCUGUUGUAACUCGUUUGAUAAUGAUCGGCCACUUAUGGAACGUAUGUACAUGUAUACAUUGUAUUCUGAUGUUCCUUUGACUAUGAUGUGAAACGUGUGUUAAAUAAAGUGCUGAAUAAUGGUAA